AUGUCAUCAUCAACCAAGCAAUUUGCUAACUGUUGUUGUUGUAAAAAACGAGGAAAUAGAUUUGUUCCGAAUAAUGUGACAAUUACUAACAAAACAGGGACACGUUUGUGUGAUAGUCAUUAUCAAAAACUAAGAAGAUUUAUUAUUGGUAAAAUAGUAGAGGAGGAUUUCAAAGUUGAAUAUUCGGCAGCCAACGGAUUUUCACAACCAAUAGGCAUGGGAAAAUGUAAACAUGUGGAUACAAGAUCAUGUGCUAAUUGUAAAAGUGGUAAUACUGUUUGUAAAGGAGUUGCUGUAGAAAAAGUAUGGAAUUUAUUAAAUCAUGAUGGAAAAGUUUUUGAUAAUCAUAAUGAAGUUGGAAUUGUAUCAUUCAAUGAUGAUGGAGUUUUUGUUUUCAAAUCAUUGGAGUGCGAAAAUAUUAAAUUAAAUAGGAAUGGAGUUUGCACUGAUUGUCAUCAACUAUAUGAGAAAUUACGACAUUUGAAAUACAAAAAAACAAACAAUUCAGAUGAAAAUUUACUUUUGUAA